AGUUCUGCAAAUCACAUCAGUGUGUGUUACCGCCCAGGCGGGUUCAGUGAUUUCUCUCUGAAGACGCUACAAAGUUUCCUGGUUGUGAUUGAUCCACCGCACUGAGCUCAACAACAUGCUGUGUGUUUGAUGGUGAGUGUGCGACAGAGCUCACACUCCUCCUGUGGGGGAUUAGGACACUGCCCAGUGCUCCUCCUGUGGGGGAUUAGGACACUGCCCAGUGCUCCUCCUGUGGGGGAUUAGGACACUGCCCAGUGCUCCUCCUGUGGGGGAUUAGGACACUGCCCAGUGCUCCUCCUGUGGGGGAUUAGGACACUGCCCAGUGCCCCUCUCAGACCAGCUCACACUCCUGGAUCACCUGGCUGUCACUGCAGGUUUCCCACAAAUCACGGUGUACUGGCAUAAACAUUUGCCUAUUUCACUGGCACAUCUCCAAUCCUUUCAGAAGUUGUUCAGAGAACGAUCAUUUGCGCUGUUCAAACCUUAAAUGCCAUGAGUGUCCAUCCAAGGAGAAUCCGUUUGAAGCCGUGGCUGCUGGCUCAGGUGAACAGUGGGAAAUACCCUGGCCUCAGCUGGCUCAAUAAGGAGUGUCGCUUAUUUCAGAUACCGUGGAGACACGCCACACGCCAUCUCCCAACCCCAGAGGAGGAAAACACUAUAUUCAAGGCCUGGGCGCUGGAGACAGGGAAGUACCAGGAGGGUGUUGAUGAGCCUGAUCCAGCCAAGUGGAAGGCCAACCUGCGCUGCGCGCUCAACAAAAGCCGUGAGUUUAUGCUGAAGUAUGAUGGUACCAAGGAGACACCAAUGCAACCAUACAAGAUAUAUGAGGUGUGCGAUCUGCCAGGAAAUGGAGAUGAGGUUGAGGAUGACGAGGAAGAGCUAACAAAUUUUGCACACCUCUCCAUCAACCCUUGUAUGACUGAGCCUCCGAGCUACCCAGCAUUCCCAACCAACCCAGCUGAUACAUUCCCUCCGCCUACCACGUUUUUUCCUGGUCACAGCCAUAUAGCUCCUACUGUGAAACAGGAGGAGUACCUACUCAGGGACGUUAUUCCAAAUGGAUGUGGUCUGGGCACCAGGGUCAUAGCACCAUCUGCUGUUCCCAACACUGACAUAACAGACACCAUGGUCAGUCCUAUGCCAGAGGUGAGGCCUGAAGUAGAGAGCCAAGUACAGCCAUGCAUCUCUGACCUGCUGAGCAGUCCUCAUAUGCUGCCCUUAACCGACCUGGACAUUAAGUUCCAGUAUCGUGGACAUACCGUGGGCUCUAUGACCGUGAGUAAUCCUCAGGGCUGCCGGCUUUAUUCUGGUAAUUUGGCACCAACACCGGAGCAAGUGGAGCUAUUUGGGCCCAUCACACUGCACCAGGUGCUGUUCCCUGGAACUGCUCAGAUCCAAAAUGAGAAGCAGCGCUUUUACACUGAGCAUCUGCUCGAUGUGAUGGACCGUGGCCUCAUCCUGGAGCUCCAAGGCCAGGACAUAUACGCUGUGCGUUUGUGCCAGUGCAAAGUGUUCUGGUCUGGCCCGGGAGUACCUGAGGAGGGUCAGCCUAACCCAAUGGAACGGGAACGCAAGAUCAAUGUUUUCAGUCUCAAUAACUUCCUGCAGGGACUUAUCAUGUACCAGAAGGGUGAGGCUCUGACUCCCCCGCCCUUUGAAAUUUACUUCUGCUUUGGGGAGGAUUGGCCUGACAGAAAACCUAAAGAGAAGAAGCUCAUAAUUGUCCAGGCAGAGAGACAAAGAAUAAAUCGAGGCUCAUCUAGUCAACUGUACACAGGUCGUGCCUGUGGUGGCGAGGAUCCUGACGGAGAUGUUCUCUGGCGAGCUCUCAUGGUCCACAGACAGCAUCCGCCUCCAGAUCUCCAAUCCUGAUCUGAAAGACCAGACCGUUGAGCACUUCAAGGAGCUCCACAGACUGUUGCAAAAUCAACAGGCCCAGGCUUCAUGGCACUAACAAAUGGAUUCUCCGCCACGUCAUCGUACGAUCCAGCUGAGGAGGAACGCGGCUACCCUGUAAACGCGGUUUAAAGAGCGCUUCUUGGAUCAGCUCCAUUUGUGCAUGUCGCAGUACUGUUGUGGGGGAUUAGUAGAUCAUUUAAACAUUUGUCCUGGUCUUAGGAUGGAUGUUCCACACUCAGUUAUGCUUAUUUGAGCUAUAGGUAGUAGGGUGCUGUUCAGGGAAUAAUACUGAAAUGUUUACAACUCACAGUGAACUGCAGCUUGCAUGAUGUGCCGAGUGACUGAUGUUGCUAUGAUCAUCUUCGUUAUCAUUAUUAUAAGAGUUUUCUUAUAAUGAACACUUCUAAAUUUGCCAUCAGAGUAGGAAGGAAUAAUGAUUCAACAGCAGUAAUAUUAUACAAAUUGGUAGCAAAUUUCCUCUCGUGGCCUUCGUUUCCAGCUAAGGACUGAACAAUCCUGUACAUAUGUGUACAGAUAUUACAUGUGUGUAUUACCAAAACAAAGCUACACUGGGACCAUCAGGGCUGACUUCAAUGUUCUUUGAAACUUGCAUAAGAUUGUCUGUCUGUUUUGUGCCAAAAUGUUUUAUUUUAACGUUGCUUGUGUUUUUCAAUAAAUAACAGACUAGUUCUGGAGUUCUACUGAUCUUUAUCUGAAUGUAAAUGCAAUAGACACUUUAGCUCUUCAGUGAAAACAGUGGGUCCUUUUCACACUUGCAAGUGUUUAAGUCUCUUUAUUACCGUAGGAACACCUGUAUAUUCAUGCAGUUAUCUAAUCAGCCAAUUAUGUGGCAGCAGUACGAUGGGUAAAAAUCAUGCAGAUACAGAUCAAGAGCUUCAGUUAAUGUUAUGCACAAUGUUAUUAUACACUUUUUUUUUUUUAAACCUAAUUUGAAACGACUUGUAUUGCUUUAUUAACUAAAUAAAUAGAUGUGUACAGUUCUACUGCAAA